AUUUAGCAACUAAGGUAGAAGGUAUCAAGGUAGUACCGUAGUACUCCGUAUUAAACAUUUCCCGGCCGUAUAUGCAGGAAAUGCAAGUUAGUGUAGUGUUCGUCCGAGAAGUAUAAAACACUUUCAUGCUCAAAUACACAUCCUACCUCUAGUUCCUGAAGAAAAUGGCGGAAUCAGAGUUGGAGACCGUUGGGAGAAUUGCUGAAAUUGGACGAAGGUUCGACUCUCACGGAGUUUGCCCCGGCAAAGACACUCUCGUGAAAUUACUCAAAGAAGCUGCAGAUGCUUUGGGACAUCUUAAACAGUCUGAAUUAAUGAAAUCUGCAUUAAUAUCCUUAAGUAGUUCUCUUAUCAGACUUGGGUUGCUCAAGCACAAGGAUGGAGAUGUUAGGCUUCUUGUUGGUAUAUGCUUCUGUGAAGUUAUUCGGGUCUUGGCACCAAAUCCGUGUUUCAGCGACACAACUUUCAGGGAUAUAUUUAUACUUUUAUUAAGUAUAUUUGCUGAAUUUGGUGAUACUAAACAUGCCUUUUUGGAGAAAAGGGUUCAACUGCUGGAAACGGUGGCAAACGUUCGCUUUUGUGUGCUAAUGCUUGACAUUGGAUCUGAUGAUUUAGUUCUCAAAAUGUUCAAAACUUUUUUCUUUGUUUUGAGGGAGCACCAUCCCUUGAGUGUGGUUGUUUCUAUGUCAUCAAUAAUGAUUGAUGUUUUGGAAGAGAAAAUGGCAGAGAACAGCGAUGAGCUGCUUCCAUCAGAAGGAAAGUUACCCGAACUGCUUCUAGACGUGAUCUUGCAAAAUCUUCUUAAAGACACAAAGGGUAUAUCUGCUUCCAGACGGUUGGCUGUUUUCAUCAUUCAGAAGUAUGGUGGCAAGCUUGAGCACAUUAUUGCUAGGUUUUUAAUAUCUUGCAUACUGAAUAGAAAUGCUGUUGGAAGUGUUGUGAAGGAAUAUUACCACAAAAUAAUUUAUGAAAUAUUCCAGUGUGCUCCUCAAGUACUUAUUUCUGUCAUUCCCAACUUGACAAAUGAAUUACUGACUGAUCAGGUGGAUGUUCGUAUAAAAGCUUUGGAUUUAAUUGGAAAACUUCUAUCAUUACCUGGAAACCUUGUUGCCAAGGAAUAUCGUCAUCUCUUCAUGGAGUUUUUAAACAGAUUUUCAGAUAAGUCUGUUGAAGUAAGGCUCAAUGCUCUUUCAUGGGCAAAAACUUUUUGCACAGCCAAUUCAGUGGGGACUGAAUCACUUGAAGUUGUAAGUGCUCUUGAAGGCCGACUGUUAGAUCUUGAUGAAGAAAUGAGAAGAAAAGCAGUGAUAGUGCUUUGUGAUUUAACAAGGACUAAUUAUAAAUUGAUUUCAUCUAAAACAAUUUCUCUUGUUUCAGAUAGGCUGCGUGACAAAAAGGUAUCUGUCAGAGAGAAAGCAUUGCAGAAGUUGCUAGAAGUGUAUCAUGAAUAUUGCAAAAAAUGUGAUGCUCAUGUUAUGGAUUUCAGUGACUCUUUUGAACAGAUCCCUUGCAAAAUUUUGAUGCUUUGCAAUGGAAAAGACAGCGAAGAGUUCAAGCCUCAAAUAGUUGAGCGUUUGCUAUCCAAGGAUCUAUUUCCUGCUUCUCUUUCAACUAAGGAGAUAACUAAGCACUGGGCCUUCAUUUUUAAACUUUUCACACCUCUACAUCUGAAGGUGUUGAACAUAAUUUUAUCUCAAAAACGAAGGUUGCAAAAAGAGAUGCAAGUAUACUUAGCUCUCAGGAAGAAAGAUGAUGGUUCAGAAGAUAUUCGAAUGAAAAUUAAGACAUCAGUUGUGAAAAUGUCAGCAUCAUUUGCAGAUCCUGCCAAAGCAGAAGAGUCCUUUUAUAAGCUGAACAAGGUGAAAGAUAUAGGAACACUCCAUGCAUUGGAAAUGUUGUUAAUUGAAGUGGCUGGAGGAAAUGCCCAAGCAAUAAGGGAUAAUCUUAUGACAAUCAUUGGGGAUGGCAGUCCACAUUUUGAGUUUCUUCAGUUACUCUUCAAUAAGUGCUUGUUUAAUAUAUUUAACUCUGAACAUGUUUCCAUUAUUCUAGACCGUCUAGCACUUGACAGAUUUGGCCUUUUGGAGGACUCUUCUGUGCAACUUCUAUUGACUAUUAUCAGUGCUUCCCCUUCACUCCUGAGAGGUUUAGAGAAACAGUUUCAGCACCUAUUAUUGGAAAAAGUGAUCCCUUUCAGUGAUCUGUUACUUCAAACCCUGGCAAAUGUUCCAAAUAAUGCUAUCAAUUUAAGUGAUAUUUAUUCUUCCCUGGAGAGAUUGUGCUUGGAGGGUAGUCGCACUCAAUCAAAACUUGCUUGUUCUGUAAUUGCGGCUCUGGAUGUAACUAACGAACAUUCCGUCUUCCCAGAUUUGUGCAAGAAACUUGUGGAAUCUCUACAUAUGUGGUGCCAUAUUCCUACUGUUUUGCAAUCCUUGGGAUGCUUGGCACGAUAUUCUGUUGCAGCCUUUGAAGUCCAUGCACAAGAGGUCACUGAUUUUGUCACCAAGGAGAUAUUUCAAUCAAUGGACGCUGGUACACUAGAAGAUGGGACUUUGCUUGAGAAGUCUUCAAAUUACAGUAUUAAUUGCAAAUUGAAGAUUUAUGGUCUUCAAGUGCUGGUGAGGAGCUUUCUGCCUCAUAAGCACGUGCGUAUCACUCGCCCUAUCGGUUUUUUGCUCCAUAUCAUCGAACAUAUGCUUCAGAAGGGCACCUUCCCUCAUGGUGUAGUCUCGAGUGGUUCUGAUAGUUUUCCAUCCUGUAGUGAAUCUGAUAGAGCUUAUAUUAAAUUAGCUGCUGCAAAGUCUGUUCUUCGGCUUUCGUGGAGGUGGGAUUUGCAUAUCCCCCCUCAGAUUUUCUGCUUUACAGUUUUGAUGGCUAAGGAUCAAUCUCCUUGGAUACGUGAACACUUUCUAAUUAAAGUACAAAAGCUUUUGAGGGGGCAUAUGAUACCAUGGAGAUAUGCUUGUGCAUUGUCAUUUGCUGUAUCAGAAUCCGCAGAUAAUCUGCAUUGUAUUUCACUGAAAAAGCUGGAGGAGUUCAUUAAGGACUAUAGAAACGAUGCUAGAGCUUACCAAACUUCAGUAAUGCCCAGAGAAGUGACAGACUCUCCUGUUUACAUGGUCGUUUUCUUGAUCCAUGCCCUUGCACAUGACACUUGUUUUCCCCCAAUCAAAAGUCAAGAUGAAGAGAUAUGCACACAGUUUUUCAGGCCACUUGUUCUUACAUUACUGGUAUUGGUUGACAUUAAUAUUUCUGGUCGGGACAUGGUAGCCAUCACUCGUGAUGUUUCAUACCUAAGAAAUCUUUUUUAUGCAAUAAAAAAGGCAGAGGAUGCUGUUGAUGAUCAGAUGACUCAUAAGCUUCAUAUUUUGGCUGAUAUUGGAAUUUGUUAUUUAAGCUCCUUGGGUAACAUUAGUUUCUCUUCAUCUCAUCCUUCUGGACUUGUUCUACUACCCUCGUCACUCUACAAAAUUAGUCCUGGUCACAAAUGCCAGGAGGUUGGUAAUUCAUCGAUGCAAUGCAAGUUUGAUAAAAGCUUCAUCAAGAAAAUUCUUCAACAUAUCACUAGCAUAUCAAUGCUAGCUAGAAAUACUGGUAAGCCAUGCCCGAAGAGUCAAUCAGAUUCAUUUCGUACCCAUUCCUCUAAAAACUUGUUACCUGAAUUGGAAUUUUGCAAGAAAGGCAAUCUCCCACUCACCCGAAUUAGUGAGCAUUGUGAUAGUCCAUAUUCAGAUCCAAAGGAGAUAAGUGAAACUCUGAACCACUCAAACGGUAGUGUGAAGGAAAAUGAAUCUAUGUUAUCAAUCUCUACCACAGUUAAGAGGAGUGAUAGGGGAAUCGAUGGGGAAGUGACCAGAGAUAAAGAAAUUUCAUCUAGUCAGGCUAUGGUAGAGUGUAAGCUCAGCCAAAGGGGAAAACAUUCAGUUUGUCUUGAAGAAAAUGACCCUGACAACAGUAUUGCUCAGUCUACCGAAUCAGAAAAAGGGAAUACUUCUGAUAAUAUUGUCUCUCAGGGUAUCCAAAGAAAGGGUGAAACACUAGCUAGGCAUAAAACAAAUCUCCCUUCUGUUGACAGAUGUUCCUUUUCUGGAUUAGUGGAUGGUGUUGAUUCUUACGACAGUGCCAACAAGGGUUCUAGUGGAAGCCAUUCAAGGUGCUGUGACAAUGGAAAAGAUUCCCUCCGUGGCUGUGAAAGUAAUAUGGUGCAUACAUUCAAUAGUACCUCCGAUCAACAAAACGCGAUAGUGGGCAAGGAUAAAUUUCAUGCAAGCUUAAAGAAGAGAGAACAAGUACUUGAUGACUCAUGCUCAUCUAAGGUCAGUCGCAGAACUAGGAGACGCAAGGUGAAUUAGUUUUCAACAGAGAAAAAUAGGGGCAUCAAGCUAUAUAGCAUCUGGCAAAGAUGAAAGAGUUCGCGUAGCCACUGCACAAUUUUCCGUUUUAGCAGCAUCUGCACUGGGUAACUUUGGGGGUACGGUACACCACCCCUUGGGGUACAUGUGAAUCUUGUCCUGAAUCAAGCCAUGUUGAUUAUUUAGUUGGAACACUUAGCAUUAUUAGGGGGCUAGUGGCACACUAAUUUCAGCAUCACACCAUGGUAAUGCUUUGCGCAAGCAAGUCUUUUAGACAUUAAACAGAAAGCAUUUUUAUAUGCUAAAGAACAUUUUGCAAGUCCUGGAUUUUUUUCUAAGCACAUGGUACGAACUAUUAUGAUGGUCCUUUAGCCCAGCAGACUAUAAUAAUGACUUAAUGAG